AUGGCAUCAAAUGAAAACUUUGAUGAUUCCAGUCCUAGCUUUGAUCCUUUCGAUUACACCAAAUUUGAUGAAAUGCAUGAAAAUCAUGUAUUACAAAAUCGACGCAUUGACUCCAUGAUCGAUUAUGUGGCUUUUCAGAUUCCAACUCUAUCUUUACAACCUACAAACAACACUGAUAGAGCACCACGACGAUUUAUUGAACGUCGUCGUGAGCAAGGCCAUGAAGGUGUGUUCGAGCAAUACUUUUCAAACGAUCCAAUCUACACUCCUGAAGUUUUCCGAACAAGGUUUCGCAUGCGAAAGCCAUUAUUCGAAAGAAUAAUGAACAAACUCGUUGCCACAGACAAAUUUUUCCAACAAAAACGUGAUGCGACUGGUCGGUUAGGUAUGUCUUCCAUUCAAAAGUGUACUGCAGCGAUGAGAGUAUUGGCAUACGGAAUAGGAGCAGACUUGCACGAUGAAUACAUUAGGAUGAGCGCACAAACUAUAAGAAAAUCCGUUGAAAAAUUCGUGCAAGGUGUAGUUCACAACUUCGGUGGGGAGUACCUCAGAAGGCCAACCGAAGAAGAUCUUGCUUAUCUGUUGUAUGUUGGUGCUCAACGCGGUUUUCCUGGAAGAAGCGGUAAGACAACAAUAAUCUUGGAAGCAGUUGCAUCUCAAGACUUAUGGAUCUGGCACGCAUUUUUUGGAACUCUAGGUCCGAGAAAUGAUAUCAACGUGCUUCACCAAUCGCCUGUUUUCUCAGAUAUAUUGGAAGGUCGAGCACCAAAGGUUAGUUAUGUGAUAAAUGGCCAUGAAAAAGAUAUGGGAUAUUAUCUCACUGAUGGUAUAUAUCCUUCAUGGGCAGCAUUUGUCAAAUCUGUUAAUGGUCCACAAACUCGAAAACAUCAACUGUUUGCUCAACAUCAAGAGGCUGCUCGAAAAGAUGUUGAGCGAGCAUUUGGAAUUUUACAAGCUCGUUUCAAUUUUAUCAAACGACCAUGUCUCAUGUGGGAUCGUGAUAUGAUGGGAAAAGUAAUGCUUGCUUGCAUCAUUAUGCACAAUAUGAUAGUGGAAGACGAGCGGCAUACUUACUUAAAUUACUGUGAUCCAACAGAAUUUAUGGAAGUUACAAGGUUUAAUAGCCAAAGUGGAGAUGUUGAAGCUAAUGAUGAUCCUAAUUUUGAAUUUUCCACGGAACGGAUUGCAAGUCUUGAAAGCUAUAUGAGGAACAGGACACAACUUCGUAACAGGGAAGCUCACAAUGCUCUUAAAAAUGACUUGAUCGAGCAUAUUUGGCAAAAGUUUGGCGAUGAUAAUUAA